CCCGCGCGGGCCGGAGGGGACGUGAACCUGGGCCGCACCUGUGUGAAGAUACCCUGGAGGCAACUCCCGGACAGAGGAGCGUCUCCGGACAGGUUCCUCGGGGGCCACCCUCCCACUUCCGGGGUGCGCGGGCUGGGCCGGGCCGGGCCGGGCCGGGCCGGGCCGGGGAGCGGCUUGAGCGGGCCCCUGGGUCGGGCGGGCAAAGCCGGGUGCCUGUAUACAGUAAGCCAUGCAGUGAAUCAUGCCCCGUCCGGGACACCCCCGCCCUUCAUCUGGGCCCCCUAGCUUGGGACCCUGGCAGCAUCCAGCAGAGCUGUGUCUGGAGACAUACAAUGAGCCACCCCGCCCUGCAACAAGCCGCCGCACCCGUAGGCCAGAUCCCAAGGACCCUGGUCACCAUGGACCAGAGAGCCUCACCUUCAUCUCCGGCUCUGCUGAGCCAGCUGCUGAGCCCCCGGCGUGCUGCCUGUUCUGGCGACCCUGGGUGUGGGACUGGUGUCGGGCCGCCUUCUGCUUCCGCCGCUGCCGGGGUUGCCUCCAGCGUUGGGGAGCCUGUGUGCGGGGCUGCAGCCCCUGCUUGUCUGCUGGGGACUCCACUGAGGGGGCUUCCGAAGCCAACUGGGCAAAGGAGCACAAUGGAGUGCCCCCCAGCCCCGACCGGGCACCCCCUACCCGGCGGGAUGGCCAGCGGCUCAAGUCCACUAUGGGUAGCAGCUUCAGCUACCCCGAUGUCAAGCUUAAAGGCAUUCCGGUCUAUCCCUACCGCAACACCACCUCCUCAGCCCCUGAUGCAGACUCCUGCUGCAAGGAGCCACUGACUGAGCCCCCACCCAUGCGGCACAGUCUGCCAAGUACCCUGGCCAGCAGCCCCCGAGGCUCCGAGGAGUACUACUCGUUCCAUGAGUCAGACCUGGACCUGCCUGAGAUAGGCAGUGGCUCCAUGUCGAGCCGAGAGAUCGACGUGCUCAUCUUCAAGAAGCUGACAGAGCUGUUCAGCGUACACCAGAUCGACGAGCUGGCCAAGUGCACAUCGGACACUGUGUUCCUGGAGAAGACCAGUAAGAUCUCAGAUCUUAUCAGCAGCAUCACCCAGGACUACCACUUAGAUGAGCAGGAUGCUGAGGGCCGCCUGGUCCGAGGCAUCAUUCGCAUCAGUACCCGGAAGAGCCGUGCCCGCCCACAGACCACCGACGGGCGCUCAACUCGAGCAACUGUCCCUGCUGCUACUGCUGCCCCUGACAGCGGCCAUGAGACCAUGGUGGGAUCAGGGUUCAGCCAGGACGAACUGACAGUGCAGAUCUCCCAAGAGACAACCGCAGAUGCCAUCGCCCGAAAGCUGAGGCCUUAUGGAACCCCAGGAUACCCAGCCAGCCACGAUUCAUCCUUCCAGGGUACUGACACAGACUCAUCAGGAGCACCCCUGCUCCAGGUGUACUGCUAACCACUGCUGGGCCCAACAAACACAGCCCUUCCAAGAGCAGCACAGCUUACAGGAUGAAGAAAGGGACCAGGACCCCCUUUGGGGAAGGCAGAGCCAUGAACCAAGAAUGCUGCCCACUUCUGUCCCCUCCUGCCUUCACUAACUGGUUCCUGGAUCAUUUCACUGGGCCAUCAUGCCUGCCUGCCCCUGGGUCCCCAGCUGGCCUGACACAUGCCUGGACCUGCUCCUUCCUACGAGUGUCUUCAGGCCAUCUGGAUUGUCAAACACAGACUUCGAAGUCCCUGUCCGGACUCAUCCCUGACUCCACCCCUGUAACAUACUCCCUAACCAAUCACAGAAACUUCUCCUCCUUCAGGUUGGCAUGAGGACCCGAGUAAGCAAAGCUUAUCUCAAAUGGACUAGGUUGGGAGUGGGCAGGGGUUCUGUCUGAAAACUGUGGGCAGUGCCCACUCCAUGUUGUUGAGCAAUUUUGUUGAGUGACGACCUACAUGUUGACAUGACUACAGCUCCAAGUACAAAGGUAAUUGUU